AUGACGCCACCUCUGUUUCGCAGGUCGCCCGAGUGGGCCUCGGCCCUCGACGGAAAUGGGAGGGAGAGGGCUUUCUGCUGCGUGCUGUCUGUGGCCCCUGGGCAGAGCGACACGCCACAGGCGUGGGCGUGGGCGUGCCCGCCCCGCGCGCAGGGGGCCGUGGCGCGCUGGUCGCACGCGACGUCGCUCGACACCCUGGCGAGGCGCCUGCGCGAGGAGUACGACGCCAAGCUCGAGGCCCGGCUCCCCGACGUGCCCGCCGUGCUCGCGGCCCUCGGCCUGCCCGCGCAGUGCGAGCGGCUGGGCCAGGAGGUCGAGGCGCUCCAGCGUGAGAAGUGCUCCAAGGAGGAGCUGAACCAGGUCCGCGCGCACAGCACGGCGGAGCUGGGCAGGCACGCGGGCCUGCUGCAGGAGGCCACCUCGUGCCACGGCGCCCUCGCCCAGAAGGUCGAUGCCAGCCUGGCGGACUCGCUGCAGAAGGCCAGCGGGUUCGCGGAGCAGGUCGCCAGGCUCGAGGAGCAGCUGGCGGGCUGCGUGCCAGCAGCUGUUCGGAGAAGCUCGGCGAGUGCGAGCAGACCCUCGCCGGCUGCGCCACCUCGACGGAGGUGA